AUGGACGCAUUUGUAAAUGAUAGUUCAAAGACUGAACUCCCCAUCAAAAACUUAAAGACACUCCUUCUCAAACAUGAAGACAAUCUAGAGAACAACACACAACACCUUGACCAAGUAUUGGCUGCUCUCGACCCAAGAACUCAAUCUAUGGCAUAUCUUAUUGUAUUAAAGGUUAAAUGUGGAGAUCAAAGAAAGAACGUUCAAAACUUUAUCAAUCAAGUAUCACACUUUUUAAGUUCAUUUAAUGGAGAACAAAUUAGAGUUAUUCCACAAUAUUUUUCACAAGUAUCUAAACACUAUGUUGAACAAUUAUAUAACACUAGAGUACCAAGCAGAGGAGUUCUUCCACUCAAACGUGCCGUUUGUGUAUUCCCAGAGAAAACCAAUACUCUUACUCCACAACACGCCGAUUUCCUCCAACUUUGCAUCUUGUCCAAGUGCUACCAUCAAGCACUCCCCAUCAUCAGUGAAAGCACCACCAACUUGAACCCAGAACAAACCAACAUCAACGUCAAGGAUGUAUUAUCAUACUUUUACUAUGCCGGUAUUAUUUUCACUGCUUUGAAGAAGUAUAAACAAGCUUUGGAAGCUUUUAGACAAGCAUGGACAGCACCAGCAACAGCACUUAGUGCAAUUGCAAUUGAAGCAUACAAGAAAUAUUAUUUGGUGUAUUUGAUGGUCAAUGGAACUAUCCCUGGAUUCCCAAAGUAUACACCAACCGUUGUACAACGUACCAUCAAGAACCACUGCAAGUCCUACGUAGAAUACGGUCAGACUUUUACCGGUGGCAACGUACAAGAGAUCCACAACAAGGCAUCGGCUCACGCUGAAAACUUCCAAAAGGACAAGAACCUUGGUUUGGUCAAGUUGUCGAUUAGAUCGAUCCAUCGUCGUAACAUUAAAAAGUUGACUCAAACCUUUAUGACCUUGUCACUCAAGGAUAUUGCCGAACAUGUCAAGUUGUCACCUGCCGAUGCCGAGACCACCAUCCUCAAGAUGAUCGAAGAUGGCGAGAUCUUUGCCACCAUCAACCAAAAGGACGGUAUGGUUUCUUUCAAUGAAAACCCAGAGACCUACUCGGGCAACAAGAUUCUCAACGAACUCGACACCCAAAUCCACAACAUUGUCACACUCGAAUCUAAAUUGACAUCCAUCAACGAACAGUUUGCUACUAGUCCUGCUUUCCUCAAGAAGAUUUUAACAAAUGAAAAGAGAUCAGUAUCUCAAUAUGAUAAUGGUAUGGAAGAUAUGAUUGCCUAA